UUCCUCUGUGUCGUCAUGGCUGCGCGCGUGAGGUGGCUGCUUCGCAGCUGCGCUUGGCUGAAACUCGUGGGGCCGCCGCCCGCCCGCUGGCGCUGCAACCUCGGCCCCGGCCCCGCGCUACCCGCCCCCGCGCUGCCCGCUCCCGACUUGGCCGCGCCGCCCGAAGAUUGGGACAAUGUAUUGCCUUUAUCUGCUUUGGAGGAGAUUUCCAAGGAAGAAGCUGUGCAGACCGUGGCCAAGCCACUUUUUCCCUUUGAGUCUUUCACACUUCGAGAUUAUGUUGAUCAUUCAGAAACUCUGACCGAAUUAGUGCAUCUGGGAGUUGAUUUGUCCAAAGUGGAAAAGCUCCGGAAUGCAGGCCAGCUCCUACUGAGGCUGGAUUUUGAAAAUGACAUUAAAAAGAUCCUAUUAUUUCUUAAGGAUGUGGGUGUGGAAGACAAUCAGCUGGGGCCCUUCCUAACAAAAAACCCUUACAUUUUCACUGAAGACAUGGAAGCUCUAGAGACAAGAGUGGCUUACUUAAAAUCAAAAAAAUUUGAUAAGGAAUUAAUUGCACGAAUGGUCUCGAGAGCUCCAUUUUUGCUGAUGUUUUCUGUGGAAAGAUUAGAUAACAGAUUGGGUUUCUUCCAAAAAGAACUUGGAUUAAGUGUACAGAAAACCAGGAAUCUAGUAAGUCGUCUUCCAAGGCUACUGACUGGAAGUUUGGAGCCGGUAAAAGAAAACCUAGCGGUGUGUCGGAUUGAACUAGGUUUUCGACCUAAUGAAAUUCAACAUAUCGCCUUUAAAAUACCCAAGAUUUUAACUGCAAACAAAAAGAAAUUAACGGAAACAUUUGACUAUGUCCAUAAUGUGAUGGGCAUUCCCCAUCACAUCCUUACCAACUUCCCUCAGGUUUUCAAUUCAAGUCUCUUAAAAGUCAAAGAGAGGCACAUGUUUCUUACAUUCUUGGGAAGAGCCCAGUAUGACCCAAAACAGCCCAGCUACAUCUCUCUAGAUAAACUAGUAUCUGUGCCCAAUGAGGUGUUUUGUACAGAGAUUGCCAAAGCCUCAGUACAGGAUUUCAUGAAAUUCUUAAAAACACUUUAAUUAGUAACACAUGUAAAAAUGAAUAGAAUCAUGUAAAAUAAAUUUGUUUUGGAAAAAAAAA